GGCUAAUGAUGACAUUUAAAAGACCGUACGGGCAAAUCAUUCUAUAUCUCACGAGCGAUAUUGGAAAGCAGACAACAACAAGAGACGCAAAGCAGUAAGACAAAAUAUUUCACAACAUGGAAAGAUAUAUAAGGAUUUGUUUGCUGGUUGGGUUCUUGUAUACGCUGGAAGCUAUAUCACUAAAUAGGAAAGAGAUUUUGGAUGAUAUCGACGAUUUGUUGGAUGAUAGUACCUUAGCAAAGAUCUCAAAUAUUCUCAAGGCUAAAGACGUAGUAUCGGCGAUAAUGUGCGAGGAUGAUCCUAAGGUAAGCAGUGCAUGCAAGCACUGGAAGCAAGGUGGCGCUUGCGAAAACAACAGAGACGUGAUGAGACAAUACUGUCGAAAGACAUGUAAUGAUUGUAAGGCGCCGGCGCCGCCUGUUCCCGAGGUUCCUGAAUGUGCUUCUAACCAUUACGGUUGUUGUUGGGAUAAUGUCACUGUCGCUAGAGGACCAACAAAUGAUAUUGUAAAGUCUCAGUGCCCUCCUUGUUUGGAUAAGCAAAGCAAAACAUUUUGUGAACACUGGAAGUCUGAUUGCACCAGUCCCAUCAUUGGUCAAGGUGACGUUAUGAAGAAAAUCUGUCCCGGUACAUGUGGAGUUCCCUGUGGUUACAAUAUGAAUAUCAACAUAUGUCGCGACGAUCCUGCAAAUGUUCAGAACUGCAUCAAAUGGUACGAUGAAGGCAAAUGUACCACAGAACAGUCCAAGUUAAGAGUAUUGUGUCCUUCCAUGUGUGGUUUCUGUCACUUAUCUGGAAAGAAGUAAAACAAGUUGGGUGAAACAUCGAUAGCAAAAGCGUUAGCAGUUUUCUAUAUUUACAUUUAUAUAUUUCCCGUGUAUUGUAACUUUUACCUGCACGAUUUUGUGCGAGUUGUUGCAAGGAAACCUUUAUAUGGUUGAAACAGAUAAUAAACUAUGGUGUUCAGUGAUACUACAUAAAAAAUUA